CCCAGCUCUGCCCGCCUGCAGAGCCCGCGCUGCGGCCGCCUGCCCUCGGCCCUGUGGUGCUCCGAGAGGCCGCCAUGGGCAUCGCGCGCUGGCUCGCGUUGGGCAGCCUGAUCGCCCUGGUGGGACUGUUGAAAGGCCGGAUUGUGCUCGAAGAGGAGGCUGGCUUUGGCGAAUGUAACAAGUUCUUCUACGCCGAGACCCCACCCGCGGGCCUGGCCGCCGAUUCCCACGUGAAGAUCUGUCAGCGCUGGGAAGGUGCCGAGCGCUUCGCCACGCUCUACAACACCCGGGACCGCAUCCCUGUGUACUCGGCGUUCCGCGCGCCGCGCCCCUGGGCCCGCGGCACUGAGGAGCGCUGGCUGGUGGAGCCGCAGAUAGAUGACCCCAACAGCAAGCUGGAGGAGGUGAUUAAUGAAGCUGAUGCUAUCACCUCAGUGAACAAUCUGGGAAACAAGCAAGCCCUGAAUACAGAUUACCUGGAUUCUGAUUAUCAGAGAGGACAGUUGUACCCGUUCCCUCUUGGCAAUGAUUUCCAGAUGGCCACAUAUACUCUCACAAACACAGUUCCGAUGACCCCAUCCUUCAGGAAACGGUGGUACAUGAAUCUCAACAGCCUAAUGGACCAGGCUUUGGCCCCGCAUUGUGGCAAUGGGGAAGACCUAUACAUCGUCACAGGCGUGGUCCCCUCAGACCACAAAGUUAAAGACAAAGUGACAGUCCCCGAGUUUGUUUGGCUUGCAGCCUGUUGUGCUGUUCCUGGAGGCUGGGCUAUGGGCUUUGUCAAGCAUACCCGGGACGGUGAUGUCGUAGAAGAUGUGAUGGUAAAAGAUCUAGAGAAACUGCUUCCAUCUAACCCUCAGCUGUUCCAGCACAACUGUGGUGAAACUGAGCAAGACACAGAGAAAAUGAAAAAAAUCCUGGAAAUCGUUAACCAAGUUCAGGAUGAAGAACGAAUGGUGCAAACUAAAGAGAGCUCUAUUCCUCUCUCCAGCACAAGGAACAAGAGAUCUGAUCUGUUGCCUCCAGAGGCACCUGAGGAAAGUAGCAGCCUUUUGGGGAAACUGAUAAGCAUCAUUGCUACCCCAUUCAUCAAGCUUUUCCAAAUAAUCUGGUACCUUGUGGUAGGAAUCCUGAAGUACACUGUCUAUUUCCUGUGGUACGUUACCAAGCAGAUGAUGAAUGGCAUAGAAAGUUGCCUUUACCGCCUGGGCUCAUCCACCAUCUCAUACUUCAUGACUAUUGGAGAAGAGUUGGUGAGCAUUCCGUGGAAGGUGCUCAAGGUCAUAGUCAAGAUCAUCAGGGCCUUUCUCCGGAUCCUUUGUUGUCUGCUGAAGGCUGUUUGCCGCGUUCUGGGCAUCCCUGUCCGAGUCCUUGUGGAUGUGGCCACUUUCCCUGUGUAUACUGUGGGGGCGAUUCCGAUUGUGUGCAAGGACAUUGCUGUGGGCCUUGGUGGCACUGUCUCUUUGCUCUUUGACACUGCUUUUGGUACCAUGGGUGGUCUGUUUCAAGUUGUUUUUGGUGUCUUCAAACGAAUUGGCUACAAAGUUACUUUAGAAAAUUCUGGGGAGUUAUAAAACUAAAAUAACUAAUAGUGUUCAGCCACAGUAAAUUUUA